GUUCCCCUCCAGAGUCACCUGCCAACAUGUCCGACAAACCAGACAUGGCUGAGAUCGAGAAAUUUGACAAGUCCAAAUUGAAGAAGACAGAGACGCAAGAGAAAAACCCGCUGCCUUCAAAAGAAACAAUUGAACAGGAGAAGCAAGCGGGUGAAUCGUAAUGAAAUCUGCCCUUCCAAAUUAUGCACUGUACAUUCCACAAGCAUUGCCUUCUUAUUUUACUUCUUUUAGCUGUUUAACUUUGUAAGAUGCAAAGAGGUUGGAUAAAGUUUAAAAUGACUGUACUGCCCCUUUCACAUCAAAAGAAUAGAGAGAACUACUGACACUGAAUGAAGGCGCUGCCUUUCCCUCUGCCUGUCUGGCUUUGGUCCUGGUGGCAUGAAAGAGCUUGCAUGUUGAUGAAAGAAGAACUUGGGUGGGACUACAGUAAACUAGAGUAACACGAAUAAAUGCAAAGCUGUACCAAGGUCCUGCGAUCUGUAAAAUGCAGUUAAUCGAGUGCCAUUUUUUUUUUUUGUUCAAAUGAUUUUAAUUAUUGGAAUGCACAAUUUUUUUAAUAUGCAAAUAAAAUGUUUUAAAACCUG